GCACAGUCAAAACAACACCCCUGAGGAUCUCGAACGCUAGGGAGGACCCUUUGUGGGGAGAAUAAACAAAGCCCGAGAACUGUAUAUAAUGCUACCUCCAGGUCCGGCUGCUCUCAUUUCUUUUCCUGUCGUACACGAGUCAAUCCUUCACUUCCAGUCACUCUUUUCAGCCUCUAUCUUUGUACGCAUACCUCCCUCACCAAGUCAUUCUUUAAAACAUUCGAUCUUAUCAAAUAUCGCAACAAUGAAGUUUACUGGAUUCACCGUUUCUCUCGCCCUUGCUGGCCUGUCUUAUGGCGGUGCCAUCCCCAUCGCCGGAGGCGCUCUCAGUGGUGUCGAGGGUACUCUGGGCGGUACUGAGGGCGCCGCUGCCAAGCUCAUUGCUCCUGUCGCCUCCACUGCUGGCGGCCUGACAGGCGGUCUGAAGCGUGACCUUGGUGAGGCUGCUGGUGAGACUGUCGAGGCUGUCCCUAGUGUUCUCAACGGUGCCACUGGCAUUGCCGGCAGUGCUGUUGGAACCGUUGAGAGCACGAGCUCGGGCGUUGUUUACACGGCGGAGAACGCUGCCAGUAACACCAUUCCUGGAAAGCGGGAGUUCACCGAUGCCGCUGGACAGACCCUCGAGGCUGUCCCUAGUGUUGCUAAUGGUGCUACCGACAUUGCCGGCAGCGCUGUUGGAACUGUUGAGAGCAUCGUCUCUAGCGGUGCUAACACGGUGGAGAAGGACGUUUCCGGCGUCGGCGCCGGCAAGCGUGAUGUUGAUGGAAUCGUUGGCACCCUCGCUGGUACCAGUGGUAGCUCUGCUGGCAGCACCGUCGGCAGCACCGUGGGAAGCACUGUUGGAAGCACUGUCCCUGCUACUGUUGGUCAGGCAACUGCUGGUCUCGGUGGUCUGGCUAAGCGUGGGAACUGCCUCGCCAACGGCAUUGACUCAACUGUUCUGAGCUCUCUCUACCGCAUCACUGACCAUCCCAUUCCCCUCAUCGCUUCCCUCGUUGAUCUCAAGCACGCUGCCGACAUUGGUGAGAUCACCAACGACCAGCUUGCCGAGUUUCCUGCUCUCCAGGUGCUGCUUUCCUUCAUCCACCUCUAAGUUCGCCCAGCUACCACUUUAUACCUUCAGCUUGGAGCGAGAAGCAAAUCAAGACGACAUGACCUAGGUCGCCGUGAAAUCCAUUCGUGUUAACUCCAUUCUUCGUGCCCUCAUGGGUAAUCCUCCUGGAUUCCUUAUUUUGAUUUACAUCUUUUUAUGAUCGAGUUUUUAUGUACCAUACCUCCAUGAGUGACCUUUAUACCUUCACGACUUCACAUGAGUAAUUUGCAUGGGAGCCAUAGUUUUACAACAAAACAUUCAUU